GAUGCACGCCUAGGGGAUUUUGUUGUUAUAUGGGUGCUUGAACAAAGCCGAGAUUCCACCUCGAAUAUCAAUAAUUUGCUAUCAACGAAUGCAGCAAAAAUGUCUUAUAUGCUUCAACAUUUAAGGUCUGGCUGGGCUGUGGACCAAGCAAUUGUGACAGAGGAAGAACGAUUGGUGUGUAUUAGAUUCGGACAUGACUACAACCCAGAAUGCAUUAAAAUGGAUGAAGUGCUAUACAAGGUAGCAGAUGACGUAAAGAACUUUUGCGUAAUAUACUUGGUUGAUAUCACCGAGGUACCAGACUUCAACGGAAUGUAUGAGCUGUAUGAUCCCGUUUCGGUCAUGUUUUUCUAUCGCAACAAACACAUGAUGAUCGACCUCGGUACAGGAAACAACAAUAAGAUCAACUGGGCGUUGAACAACAAACAAGAAUUGAUAGAUAUCAUGGAAACCAUCUUCCGAGGAGCACGCAAAGGCAGGGGGUUGGUGAUCUCUCCCAAGGACUACUCCACCAAGUAUAAGUAUUAACAACGGCCUACCACACAUAUUUUAUACGGUCAAUCGUGUGGUAGGUGGGCAGCGCUCUACUAGACAAGGUUUAUACACACGUAAAUGAGCAGAUGAACGCCCAAGUUGCCAAA